AUGGGUAAAGGUGAACAGUAUGUUGGACCGGAUCAUGAUGGUAACUGUAAGGAACCAGAUAAGAAUAUCGAGUCGAUAGGAUUCCCUUUACGAUUCAGCAAAAACAGAGACCAAUACGAGAUGAGCAAUAGAAUGGGCUGUAGUGAUUGGCUACUCGAGAAAGUAUAUAAAGGGCAGGGCAGAUUCUUUUACACGGAAUUCGACCCAAGGUAG